UUUGAAAGUUUUCCCAUACCUAAAUAAAGUUUGUAUUUGUUGCGGUUUAUUAAAUUGUUUUGAAUAUAUGUAGACAGAUAUUGUUUUAUCAAAAUGGGUAUUAUUGUAUCCCAUAGGAAUUUGAGUUUGUUUUGGAUCUGCGAGUUAUACUGCACAGCAGGAUUUAUGUGUAGUCCGGCACUGGAGGAUUAUUGUGCGGAACUAUCACCAAAGUCGCUUAGCCUGAUUUUGGGCCAAGCCUACAAUCCACGCUAUAUGAGUAUUGAACCACCUGGCGGAGGAGGAGGAGGAAAUGGACCUAAAGAGGAUCAAUCGAAAUUUGGAUCCAAAAGAUCUUCAGUUGAUAUUCCAUUCUAUGCCGACGAUGAUGUACUUUCAUUGGGAAGUUUUCCCGCUUGGGAUACUAACCAUUUCACAUAUUUCGAGAAGAAGGAGGAAGACUCACUGAAGAAGAAAACAAUUCAUGUUAGGAAUAUAUUUGAGGGCAGUGGACCAGCUAAACAUGAUAUGUUCAAGACCCGUCCUUGGGAAUGCUCUUCAAUCAUAAACUGGAUCGACUUGGGUUUGAAUUACUUUCCACGCUACAUUCGUUCGAUUGAAUGUAUUGCCAAGAAAUGUUGGUACGGCCAUUUCAAUUGCAAGCCCAAAUCCUUUACCAUUAAAGUGUUGCGAAGAAAGCCCGGUUCAUGUAUUCAUGUGAGCGACAAACUAAUUCUCAUCACAUCCGAUGAAUUCAUCAAUGAUUAUACACAACUCUGGAUAUGGGAGGAAAUCGCUGUCAAUUUUUGCUGUGAAUGUGUAAUGCUAUACUAAUGAUUUGUUGAUAAUUAAUAAAAAUAAACAGCAGUAUUAUAAGAUCUCAA